CCCGAUUCAACAAAUUUACUGGGUUGUCUUCCGCUGUUCCCAGACAAAAAAAAGGGCUUGUGGUUCCGGAGUUGACUCCUAUGCGUUUUCCCUGAGCCCUAACCUAGCCGGUGACGACGUUUCGUACCUACGAAUUACGAACGUGGUUUGCUUUCUUCUACUCCCUUGAAUUUCAAUUUCAUGUUUGUUUUUGUUUUAUCAAUAGUCAAUUAGUCAAGAACUCCGAGUCUCCGACUUUGGAGUACAGAAAUCAGGUAGGUGUUAAUGGGGAGGGGCAAGAGACUACUGUCUUUGCUACCUCGGCGGAUGCUGGAAUUGUUCCACAAUCCACAGAUCAAUCCCAAUUUUCUGACCUCCUUGAUGCAUCAGUCGUUGCUGACCCUUGUCGCUGUCGCCGACGACGCGGAAGCCAAGCUUUUUCCCCUAUCCGGAUCUGCCAGCUGUAACGUGGCGGAGUGGAUGCACCACUUCCAUGAUGUGAUGCACCGUUUGUCCAUGUUGCUGUGGGAUAGCUUAUUUGCAAAUGCAUUUGCGGAUUUUGAACCUGAUUGGGAGUUCAUACUCCAAAAAAUCGAAGUCAUGACAAAGCAGAAGCAUCUUCUUCUGCUGACCGAGAAAUUACAAGGUGAGAAAGAUCAAGAGCAACUGCAAGGAUCUUCGUAUCUGAAGGCUGAUGUUUACGGAAGAGAAAAAGAAAAGAAUGAGUUGGUUGACUAUUUGCUAUCUGAUCGAUCCAGUGGUACCGUUGGCAACACGUCUGUGAUUGCAAUAGUGGGCGUUGAAGGGAUCGGUAAGACCACCUUUGCUGAAAUUGUCUACAACGACGACCGAGUCAAGGCCUCUUUCGAACUCCGAGGCUGGGUGGACUAUCAAGAGGGUAUUGAUGCUGUGAGUCUGGGGAAUAUUGUUCUUGAUAGUUUUGACGAGGACUUUCUUUGUUCAGAUGGUUUAAAGGAGGUGAUUGGUCGUCUAAGGAAGUGCUUGAACGGGAAGAAGUUUUUGCUGGUGCUUGAUAGAAUUCAGAGUCUUACAGCCUGGGAAACCCUUUGGGCAUGUUUUGCCGAUGCUGCUGUUGGAAGUGCGGUCAUCUUCACCACAUCAAAGCUAGAGGCUGCAUUAGAGGUGCGUUCCAAUCAAGUUCUACAUCUGGGCUUAUUAUCCCUGGAAGACUCGUGUUCAUUGUUUUCAGAUCAUGCUUUUGGAGAUGGAAACCAGAAUGAACAUCUCGAAUUUGUGACCAUGACUAAGCAAGUUGUGAGAAAGCUCGGAGGGCUACCUAUUGCUGUCAAGAAACUUGGUAGUGUCUUGUAUGACUACCAAGACUUGCACGCAUGGAAAGAGCUGCUCAAGAUUAAUCGAUCACAUUUGUUAGACUUGAGUGACUUUAGUCUCCCCAUUCAGUUCUCAAGAUUCCGUCCAUACAACUUUCGCAAUAUGGUUCGACUCGAAAUAGUAGGUGCUUGGAGGCUAAAUCUGCCGAAUGAGUUUGGAGAGCUAAGAUGCCUUGAGUACCUUGACCUCUCUUUCUGUGAAGUAUGCAGAUGGCCAAAUUCAGUGACUCUCCUAUCUCGUUUGCACACUUUAAAGUUGUCUUUUGGGGAACUUCCUCCGAUGCCUAGUGUUAUUUUGCCUUCUGUCAACUUACAUUAUCUGGAUAUCACAGGCAGAAGUAACUUUCCAAUAUGGUUGCCUACAGAGCUGGGGAAAAUGAAAAACCUCCAAACGCUACUUGGUUUUGCAGCGAACAAGGAUUCUGGGUCUAAUUUGGUAGGGUUGGCAAGUCUUCCAAGCAUCAGAACACUGAGCAUUACAGAGUUGCAAAAUAUGGUGGAUGCUACCUGUGCCUCAAAAGCAAAUUUGAAAGGGAAAAGGUAUCUAGAAAAUCUUAUCUUGCGAUGGAAUCAGUUGUAUGCUCCUGAAUUAAAACAAGCAUUAGAGCAUUUGCAGCCACCAGGACAGCCCAAAUUUCUUGAGACUCUGGGUCUGUCUGAAUGCGAAAGAUCACUAGAGUAUUUGGAACCUCCAGAACAGCUGAAAACGCUCGAAAUUUUGGGCUGUCCAGCUAGAAGAUUUCCAAAUUGGUUGGGGGAUUCGUCAUUCAGGACAUUAGAGGUCCUACAUCUUCGUGACUCUAGAAAUUUCCCUUUCUUGCCACCACUUGGGCAACUCUCAUCUCUUAAAGAGCUCUCUAUUCAAGGGUGUGACAAUGUAAGAUCGGUAGGCAGUGAGUUCUAUGGGCAGUGUACUUCAUAUGUACCAUUUAAAUCUUUGGAGGUCUUGUGGUUUGUGGACAUGACAAACUGGAAAAAGUGGAUUCUUUUAGAUGAUGGAAGGCUUCAUUUUCCUCACCUCCGUGAGCUCUACUUGAUACAUUGCCCAGAGUUGCAGCAAGACUUGCCCAAGCACCUACCUUCUCUUAAAAAGAUUGAAAUAAUUAAGUGUGAUCGUCUUCUUGUGGCUCCACGACCAAAGAUACCUGACAACCAUGAAUUACUGGUACAAGAACAAGAAAAGGGAAAGGAAAAGGACUGUGAUGAUAUUGUUGCUACAAGUGCCGCUGAACGUGAAAAGGAAAAGGACUGUGAUGAUAUUGUUGCUACAAGUGCGGCUGAACCUAAUGUAUUUCAUUUCAUAAUGGAACCUAUUAUUAGAGAAGUUGAUGAACCAGUAGUAGAUGAUGAUGAGGAUGAUAGUAACAACGAUGUCAUGCCAGAUUUUGAGUACUCUUUUGAUAUUUUGAAAGUUGCCGAUGCAUCAGAGCUUUGCAAUUUGCCAGAUGAAUUAAAAAGCCUUAGGAUUGAAGGUUGCCAGUUUCUUGAGUCCCUACCCAAUCAGUUUUUGAAAUAUUGUCCAGAUAUCUUUGAGUUGUUUUUGGUUGAUUGUUGCUCUCUCAAGCACUUUGCCGAUGUUCUACACCCUAAGUCCCUGAGAACACUUCAUAUCCGCAAAUGUCCAGUUUUAGAGUUCAUCAUUCCUCUUGGAGUACACAAGAAGUUUAAACUCUUGAAACAUCUUUUUAUUAGUAGCAGCUGUGAAUCUCUUACAUCCAUCUCCAUAAACCUUUUCCCAAGACUCCAAACUCUCUAUAUCAAGGAUUGUCCCAAUCUCAAGUCGUUUUCAGUGGCUCAGGGACUUCGUGACCAAAAUCUGAAGCUCGAGUCUUUGGAAAUCCGAGACUGCCCUAACCUGAUAUCUUUUCCAGAAAGAGGAUUGCCUACUCCUAGUCUCAAAUCAAUGACAAUAUCUAACUGCAGAAGUUUGAAGUCUUUGCCCUAUCGUUUCUUAACUCUUACAUCACUUCAGUCAUUGCUUAUAGACAAAUGUCCAGAACUCGAGUCUUUCCCAGAUUUGCCAUCCACUUUAAGUCUAAUUUCAAUUGCUUUUUGUGACAAACUUACACCACAGAAGGAGUGGAAGUUGAAUACGCUUUGCUCAUUAACUUGUUUCGAGAUUGAAGGUGGGUGCAUUGGCAUGAAAUCAUUUCCAGAGAAGGAUCUUCUUCCUAGAAAUCUCAAGUCUCUGCGCAUCAGCAAACUCUCAAGUCUGAGAGUCUUGAAUGGCACAGGGCUUCAGCAUUUGACUGCUCUUGAGACAUUGGAGAUUAACUGCUGCCACGGACUCAUCUCCUUGCCAGAAGGGUUGCCAUCAUCCUUGACUUGUCUUUGCAUCAAAGAAUCAUCAAUAUUGAUCCACAAACUCUCGUAUAAAGCAGGGGAAGAGUGGAGCAAGGUAGCUCAUAUCCCUAACAUACAAAUUGAUGAUGUUGCAGGUCAUGGAGUUAACAAAGAAACAAUAAUUCCAGGGAAGGAAGUUGAAGCUGCAUCACUAAGUUUUAAGCAGCCACAACCAAAGAGAGGGUUCUGAAAGCUGUUGCAAUCCCAACUAAGAGGAAGUGGCGGAAUGAAAGCUUGUGUCCUCUUCCUCUACUAGCCUGUGUUGUGAACUUCUUGCCAAACCAUUUGAGUUUCUCUUACUUUACUAAGAAUCUUUUCAUUUUUGGUUGAAAUAAAAUUCAGUCCCGGUGAUGGCAAUGGUAAUUUUAUUAUA